UACACGUAAACAUGGUUAUUUUUUGUAGACCAAGUGUGUGCUUCAUAAUUAUUAUCUCGAUGUUAUCGAGAUAUUCAGCCGAAGAAUUCGUACAGGGAAUGUUAUUGAACAACUUAACCCGUACCUCAGAGAUAAAUUACCUAAUUAAUAGAUUUAAUAAUAAUGUUACUAUAAAUGAGCCAACGCAUUUUCUUCAAAAACGUGAAUUAAUUUUUCCAGGAACUUUAUGGUGUGGUGUUGGAAAUGUAGCGAUUGACGAUAACGAUCUUGGUAAUUUUUUUGUAACUGAUGCAUGUUGCCGAGACCAUGAACUAUGUGGAUUAAAUUAUACCAAUGAAAUGUUAGAUAUGGAUGCUAAGCAAGACAUCGUUACUAAAUUUUUGGGAAAAUCGGUUUGUCCAUGUGAACGUGAUUUCUAUACUUGCUUAAGAAGAGCUAGAACGAUUCUAGCACGUAAAUUUGGAAAAUUAUACUUCAAUGUAUUACGUCCACAAUGUUACAUUUAUGAUCAUCCGAAAAUGUACUGCGUUAGAUAUCAAGGAAUCUUGCAACUAAGAUGUCUUCAAUACCGAGUGGAUACAAGUGCAAAGAAGAGAGUAGAAUUGAGAGAUAAUCCCUUUUUUUUCUAAACAAAUUGUCGCUGGUUGUAUUCAAAUAACUUCAAUUGAUGAAAUAGAUAUCAGAAUAAAAUCUACAAUUAUUUAUAUAAUAGUUCUAUGUGUGACCAAUCAAACAUAAGAAUAUUUUAAUGAUAUAUCAAUUGAUGCUAACCCUCGCGGUUUUGGAAAUACCGAAAUAAUACUGGAAUUAUACGGUAUAAAUACUGCAUAAAUAUGGUAUUAUUCAAGUUAUUUUGGCCAGUUUUUUUGCCGCA